GUCUCAGUCCUCAAAGGUUUUACAACAUGGACCAUGAACAGCAGGAAUGAAACUGACCGCAUUGCCACCUUCUUUGUCUGCUGUUGUUGGAAGCAACGAUGAAAUAUGGCUCUCCUGAGAAAAGUUAACCAGAUCCUGGUGGUGCUCCUGCUGCUCAUGGUGUGUCUCCUCUUGCACAGCUCACUGCUCGGAGCCUCGCCUCGACCCAAACCCGCAGAUGACUGGAAGAGCCUCGGAGGUGGAGCUGGAGCUGGAGUCUCCGCAGCGAGAGCUCCAGAUGUGGAUAAUGUCGUCCCCAUCGUCAUCUGUGCAUCAGAGGAGCGAAUCGGAGCCGCCAUGGCGUCCAUCAACAGCGUCUCCAGCAACACACAGUCCAACGUCUUCUUCUAUAUCGUCACGCUUCGGGACGCCGUGAAACUCACAAGAAAGUACAUAAUGAAGUCUAAACUGAAAGGCAUUAGAUAUAAGAUCCUGGAGUUUAACCCCAUGGUCCUGAAAGGGAAAGUGAAGCCAGACUCCGCUCGCCCUGAUCUCCUACAUCCACUCAACUUUGUUCGCUUUUACCUCCCUCUGCUCGACAUCCACCAUAAGAGAGUGAUAUACCUGGACGAUGAUGUCAUUGUGCAGGGAGACAUCAAGGAUCUGUUUGAUAUGAAGCUGAAGCCGGGUCACGCUGCUGCGUUCUCCACAGACUGUGACCUGCCCUCCACUCAUGAGAUGGUCCGAAGCAUCGGCAUGCAGACAACAUAUAUGGGCUUCCUGGACUACAGGAAACAGGAAGUGAGAGAUUUGGGCAUCAACCCCAGAGAGUGCUCCUUCAACCCCGGAGUGUUUGUGGCCGAUAUCAGCGAGUGGAAGAAACAGAAGAUCACCAAACAGCUGGAGAAGUGGAUGGAGGAGAAUUUCAGGCAGAACAUCUACAGUAGUGCCAUGGCAGGAGGAGUAGCGACCCCCCCCAUGCUGAUAGUGUUUCACGACAAAUACACAACACUGGACCCUCUGUGGCACGUCAGACACCUGGGCUGGAGUCCAGACGCCCGUUAUGCAGAGAGUUUCCUGCAGGAGGCGCUCUUGCUGCACUGGAACGGCCCCUUUAAGCCCUGGAGCUACCCUGCUGUGCACCUGGACCUGUGGGAGAAGUGGUUCGUCCCAGACCCCUCCAGAAGGUUCUCCUUGGUACGACCCAAGAGUGAAAGCUAAAGAACAUACCGGCCCAGUUCCAAACCGACCCCUACACACUCUCUCACACACUCUCUCUCUCUCUCACACACACAC